AUGGGUGUUGACCCUCUGUCACCAAUUGCGCCCGUGCGCCUCAGGGCGCUUCUCCUUCCCAUCGGCAAGAUCAAGCGCUCGCGCUUUUUGAGCUUCGCUGCUCGACUACAGGCUGAAAAUGUAGUUCGACUGGGGGAUAUUAGUCCCGAUGCGCGGCCAAAUCGAAACAUGUUCUCACCGCUGGCAUUUCCCACCGGAUUGAUUCUUUAUGACCUUUCUUUCUCGGUUCCCCCGACCUCACAUCUCGAACUAUUUCCCUUUGAACUAUACAGAGAGCCAUUAGUGAUUAUUGCAAUCGCAGAUGGGUCCGAACUGCCUGACAGCAUUGGCGACGAGCAGAAGCACCCCACCCCGGAGGGAUUAGAUCAAUUAUUGGAAGAGCUCCGUGGGGUGAAGGAGAUGAACCCACGGGCUUUGGUAAAUCAACUCUUGGUAUUUGAUCACCAUGGCGUGGAUAAGAUCACGAAUGGACCGGAUAAUGUCCUUUGGGUUCCUCCGCCCCAGGUCUCUAAGGCCACGACAAUGAAGACAGUUCUUUGCGAUAUUACGUCUGUUUUACUCUCCGAAUUGGAUGGGUUCGCAAAGACUAUUCAAAGUAUACCGUCAAUUGAGUCACCUAAAGCAUCUUCCUGGGGCCCGCACCGGAACCCAGAACUACGGCCACGGCAAGUAGACCGACUUUUGAACCGUAUGACUCUCCCCGCACAGCUACCAUCGAGUCCGUACGGGACACGUGAUGGUACUCCCUUGGGUUCUAAUGCCAGCUCCCCAGCUCCUAGCGAUCAUGAGACUCCUACAACCUUUGAUGAGAUCACUCGGGCAAUUCACCUAUCUAGUCGUACAAACUCGGGUAGAGCGCCAUCGAUACCAUCAUCGAAGGAGCAUAGCCGCGACCGGAUGUCUGUCAGUGGCAUGAGUGCUACCGACAGAACUAAGAACCGGAUCAAGGGUCGUGCAGGGGUUAUCGUUGGAACUCUUUUCCUGCAGGCAGGAAGGUGGCCCGAUGCCCUCAAAGAACUGACUGAGGCGGUCAAUAAUGCACGGGCAAGUAGCGACUAUAUCUGGCACGCUAAAGCGCUUGAAACAAUUCUUCUUUGCCUGCUGAUGUUUGGGUGGGCAGGCAUGGACUUUCAGAUUCCAUCAGUCCUGUACCCUGUUGCGGACAAAUCUUCCAAACCUUCCCGCGAGUCAAUGACCCCUAGUAGCGCCGGGAAUAGGAUCGUCUCUCUACACAACCUAGCCAACCUCUUGCCGGAUCUCUCAAACAACAUCUUAAAUCUUUAUACCCGCGCCGCCAAUAUCACAGACGAACCUCUUCCGCAACUGGUAUUUUCGGAGACAGUGAUUCGACUAGCGCGGCUGAUGGUGUCAGCUCGCGUUCGCGAUGGAGCUUUGGAUGACAAUGCUUUGAAGCACAUCGUGAUGAAUGAACACUUAGUUCCAUUGCUCCAGCUCGAGCUUCCUCGGGGGACUGUCUUGCUCCGAAAGUCCGAGAUUGCCAACUUCUUAUACCGGGCUUUGCCGCUUGCCGCUGGUGUAGAUCUACCUGCGACAGACGCCGUUCCCAUCAUCGUUGGUGUUGUUGCUGUUCUUAAUAUUCUUGACCUGCCCAGAAAGAAAGCAUUCAUUUUACGUGAACUGCUUUCAGUAAUGAUACCAAGUCUAGUGCAAGCACGCAAAAUUGGUGCCGCAGAGGUGGGCAUUCAUCCCGCCGCCGGAUUGGCGUCUCUCAGUGACACCGCAUUUGAUGUCAAUUCCCUGGACACAGGUCCCGGGGAUAUGGAGUCAAGUUUGCGUCUCCUUCUUGCUACCAUCGGAGAAAUCUACGGUGUUCAGCCUUCAUCAUUCUACGAAUGGGAGAAGAGACAAAGCAAAUCAUCUGGUGUGAGUGGGAAUCAGGAAGGUGCUGAAUAUGAUUCGGUCGCUAGCAUUGCCGAGCGGGCAUUCCGACAUAUAGUUCUUGAUCGUUACGGUGACCUGAACUUGAAGAUUGAUGUCUUGAAAGCGUGCAUAAAUUGCUGCGAGGCCCUACCAGAUUUCAAUGGAGUUCUCCGGUUCACAGUUGAGCUUUUGCAGACCAUUCGAGGGGAUAUGAUGCUUGGUGGGGCAUACAAGUCCCCGCCGUAUCUACCGCAGGAUGAGCAAGUUCGUCUUUUGAACAACAUCAAGCGCACUGUAGGAGCAGGCACCAGACUAGGUGUUUCUGAUUUGGUCGCAGAGUAUUGGGAUGACUUCCUAGUACGUGAUGUCCGGUUAUUGUCACUGCCAGAUCCUAAAAGGCCAGUUCGCCGGUCCAAAACGGAACUGGAUGCCGUUACCACAAGUUCAGACAAGGCGAAAAAGGAUCCGUUCCUGUACAACCCAUUCGCCAAGCCUACCAGCAAGGCAUUGGAAAUGCUCACUGUCGCUGACGAACCUGCGUCGUUCCAAGUAACUCUGCAAAACCCGUACGAAUUUGAGAUCGAGAUUGAGCAUUUGCGCUUAGAGAGUAAUGGGGUGCCGUUCGAUGCAGUAGCAGAGAACUUUACCAUCGCUCCCCUCUCUGUGCAGGAUAUCACUGUGCUCGGCGUCGCCCAUGGGGAAGGCAGUCUUCAGAUUACGGGAUGUAUCGUGAAAGUACGACACUGUCGAACGCGAAGAUUCCCCAUCUUCAAGAAGUUAUGGAAACCGGAGCCUGAGGUUAAGUUUAAACGAACAGGUCUGGGGGCGAAGAAGCCUCUUACAGAGCGCCCUGUUUCUUGGAGUUCAACGACAUCAAAGGAUGGCAAGGUUGAUGUCAAGACAGGUCCUGAAACCUCAACAUGCGAGGUCAAAGUCAUCGCCAAACAACCAUCACUUGUGAUUGAAUCUAUGUCUUUAUCGCAGUCGGCGAUGAUGGUUCUUGAGGGUGAAGUCAAAACCUUCACUAUUACGCUUCAAAAUGCCUCUCCUUGCCCUGUGGACUUUGUCUUAUUUACUUUCCAAGAUUCAACAACUAGGCAGUUACAGUCUGCACUGAGUAACAGAGAUCUAUUACCGGUCGAGAUCUACGAGCUGGAGCUAAAAUUAGCAACCAAGCCCGCUUUGCGAUGGCGCCGUCAGGGCCAGGACCCCAGCGAUUGUUCGAUUGCAGCCGGCCAGAAGGCAACCUUUACCGUUGAUGUUUUUGGAAAGCCUGGUUUGCAGGACACAACAGUCCAGAUUGACUACUCCUGCGUUGGGGCAGCCCCAGGUGAAUUGCCUGAUAUAUUCUAUACUAGACAACUGUUCGUUCCGUUGACAGUCACGGUCAAUGCGAGCGUGGAGGUCGCUCGCUGUGACAUUCUUCCGUUUACUGGUGACUUCGCUUGGAAGAACAAUAUUGAACCACCCGUCGACUCUAUACAAGAGCCAAAUGCGUUGCUCUCCACAACUGACAAUGAUCCCUUCUCUGAAGUUCUCGGACGUCUCGGCAAUGGGGCUUAUGGACCUGAUCACUGUAUCGUAUUGCUUGACCUGCGCAAUGCAUGGCCAAAUCCUCUGUCGGUGUGGUUGCGCGUAAGUGAACAAACAAGCUCAAUUCUUCCACCGAAGACAACUAGCAACGAUGACACUGAGGGCAAAUACUCUGUCGAUGGAGAUCUUCAACCCGGGCAGGUUUCCCGAUUUAUUCUGGUUUUGCCUCGAGUCUAUUUAGACAACCCACAUGCCUCUAUCCCCGUUGUUAAUACUGGCACUCGGAGACAAUUUGUCGUUAGUGCCAACAAACUAUCCUUCGAAGCCGAGGCUGCCUCGCGCGAAGCCUUCUGGUUCCGGGAAGAACUCCUCAAGAGACUUCUCGGAGGCUGGAAGGAAUUUGCCACCGGCCGCGAGGGAUCCAUUGACCUCCGAAACGUUCGACUAAACAACCGCAUGGUCGAAGCCAUGCGCCUCGAAGACGUCGAAAUGAAAUUCUCUCUGACCUCGCCAUCAUCUUCCCCCGAGACUUCCGCCGCAGUGGAACAAACGGGCCGCUCACGCUUCCGCGUCAAGACAGACGACCUCCUCACCUUGAAUGUCACCAUCCACAACCGCUCCUCCCGCCCCAUACACCCCCUCCUCCGUCUUCAACCCAGCCUUCGUCACCAACCGAACAACAUCGCCCUAGAUCUGACCCGUCGUCUCGUGUGGACCGGGAUGCUGCAACAAGCGCUCCCCAUCCUUCCCAGCGGCGAGUCCACCGAGGCCUCCAUCGGCAUCACUGUCCUCUGCCGCGGCGAAUACGAACUUGGCGCAAGCAUCGAAGAAGCCCGACUCAUGCGUCCAUCUUUCGAUGAUGAUGGUGAUUCCGCUGCUCAACGCUACAACGAUGAUGGUAUCAUAGAUACUUUUGGUGCGGAUGUCGUGCGGCGGCGACGUAUUUGGCAUGCGAAGGAGUUGUGUAUCAUCCAUGCGAGCGACUCAUGA